AUGUUCGGACAAAUCGUUAUUGGUGCACCGGGUGCAGGAAAAACAACUUAUUGCGACGGCAUGAGCCAGAUCUUGUCGCAGCUUGGCCGACGUGUCAUUUGCGUAAAUUUAGAUCCAGCAAAUGAUUACGUGCCAUAUAAAUGUGAUAUCGAUAUUCGAGAAUUAGUGAAAGUGGAAGAUAUCACCAGUCGGUUGAAUCUUGGUCCUAACGGAGCAUUAAGGUACUGUAUGCAGACUUUGAAGAGGAAUAUGGAAUGGUUACGAUUAAAAUUGUCACGCCUAGAUGGAUAUUUGCUUUUCGAUUUUCCAGGACAGCUUGAGCUCUACAACAGUGACGACUGUAUCACAUCUAUUAUCAACAGCAUGGAAAAAUGGGGUCUCCGUCUGGUUGCUGUGCAUCUCAGUGAUAGUUUAUAUUGUUCGGAUGCAGGUAAAUUCAUCUCGGUUUUGUUAAGCGCACUUUCCAUUAUGAUAAACUUGGAAUGUGCCCAGAUCAAUGUGUUAUCGAAGCAGGACCUGUUGGAAGAUAACAACUUGCCGUAUAAAUUCGAGUUUUUUGAACAACUUCCGGAUCCAUUACGAUUGGUCGAAUUACUUGACGAGUCUCCAAUACUCAAAAAGUAUAAAGGAUUGAAUGAAAUGCUCUGUUCGGUGAUAAAUGAUUAUGAUUUGGUAAAAUUUAUGGGUUUGGAUGUUACAAGCAGGAAGCACAUGUUGAAUUUGCUAAAAUUAGCUGAUACGGCUAAUGGGUGUAUCUUCACAGAAGUGCCUGACCUCAGAAAUAUUGUGCAGAAAUGA